AUGUCUACACAACACGUUAUUGUUAAAGCUUACUAUAAUGAUCUCGUUGAAAGUCAACCAGAAAUUCGUCGAUUUUCUAUCGAUGCAUCACCAACCAAUGAUGUUUAUCGAACAUUGGAAACAACUAUUUCGCAAUUAAAUAAUAAUUAUUCUCAAGGUCAAUUUACAUUACAAUAUAUGGAUGAAGAUAAUGAUCGUAUUACAUUUUCAUCUGAUAGUGAAUUACGAUCGGCUUUGAAUAAUAUUGCACUUGGUGGCGUAAUUAAAAUUUAUGUUAAACCAAAAGUUAAAAAACCAGAAGAAGCAGGUCAAAAUACAACAGUUCAUACUAAUAUUACUUGUGAUGGUUGUCAAGGUUCUGUAAUUGGUAAUCGUUAUAAAUGUACGGAAUGUCCGGAUUAUGAUUUAUGUCAAACAUGUGCGGAUAAAAAUCUUCAUCCUGAACAUAAUAUGAUAAAAUUCACUCGUCCAGUUCAACGUUGCUUUGGUGGACGUCGUCGUUGGGGUCGUGGACCAUUUCACGGUGGUCGAUGUGGUGCUGGUGGUCCUUUCUGGCAUCAUUUUAUGCGUGGACAACAAGAUGGUUCAGCUAGUUUUCCCAUGACAGCUGAUAUGGCUAAUUUUCUUGGUCAAUUUAAGGGUAAAGAAUUAGCUGAAUUAGUUGAAGCUCAUUUACCUGAAUAUUUACGUACGGAAAAAGUUAAUGAAAUAAUUAAUCGAUUUAAAACUGGUGAACAAGCUGACAAACCUGUUGAUCAAAGUAUUCUUUUAGAAAAUAUUGGUCAAUUUCUUCGUGAAGUUCUUUCACCUUUUGGUAUUGAUUGUGAUUAUUUUGUUGAUAAUAAACAAACAACACCAACACCAACACCAACACCGACUGAACAACCUGAAACAAAGGAAAAAACCGAAGAAGCAACAGCAAGCAGCAAUGCAAGUACUGAACCAAAACCAUCUGCUCCUUCAACAAAUGAAGCUUCAUCGGCUUCAGCUGGUGCUCCACCAUUUGGUAAUUUCCUUGAGCAACUUCAAACAGUGUUUGCUCCAAUGUUUCAACCACCAACAUCAUCGGCAACAACAACACCAACAACUGAUGAUCAACAAGCUCAAGAACAAAAGAAAAUUAAUGAAUGUAUUGAACGAAUGACUUCAAUGGGUUUUGUUGAUUCAAAUGGCGUACUUACGGAACUUAUUAAGGCCAAAAAAGGUGAUCUCAAUCAAGUUCUUGAUGCUCUCAAUCCACGCAAUUACAAAAACUAA